AGGAAGACGAAGCAAAGUAUGGGCUAUCAUGGCGGUCGCAGCAGGGGUGGUUGAAGCACCGAAGAAGGGACUAUUCGAGGAUAUGCCUGCGCUUUGUAAGCGGCGCGAAGAAGCAGACGGCGCAUACCUGCCAAUAAUCGCAGCGGAAUGAUCAGCGCUAUGUUACCCAGGCACAUUCUCCAAGCACAACAUAGUACCAUCGCCAGUAUAGGGAGCUCAAAAGGAGAUGCUCUGUUUGGGACUUCUUCUGCCCAACACCCGAGCCCGGAUGUUCGCUUACUCAAACCUUCACGAGUAGUGAGCGUAUCAGUACGGACGGCGCCAUCCCAACGCGCGAGUCCAUGCAGGGCUGCACAAGGUAGUAUCAGGAGCCUAAGGAGAGUGAAUGGCUGUGGGACUGUGUGUCAUCACUCGUAUCGAGCAAGACGCAAUCCCAGAAUCGCCGCCUUGUGCAAAAGCUGUUGUGACAGCCCAUGGGCUCGUGUUGCAAUAGUAAUGGUGAUAGGAACAGUGUACGCUCAUGCUAUGACCACAAGAUAACGUACACAGCAUCCCAAUCACAUUGCAACUAGACAGCUGCUGAUGGUACUGGUGUAGGCAGAUCUUCCAAACACCCUGCUGGGGAGUAAGCCAGCUUCGCAAAUCCCACCUAUAUCAUCUUACCUGCUUACCCGUCCCUUUUGGGGUUGCUGCAAGGUCAUAACUGACCAAACUCGUCCACAGCUUACCUUCACAACUUCCAUACUCAGCAGCUGGUAGGUAA